GCGGCGUAGCCGUGGGUAUUGAUACUAGUAAAUAAUAAUACGAGUAUACGAAGUCAAUUAAUCAAUCAAUCGUCUCCACAACAGGAAAUAAAGGGAAAAAACGACCGAGUAGCAGAGAGCGAGAAAGAAACCAUCCAAUUAUCAAUCAAUGGCGGAGAAGAGCUUCAAGUAUGUUAUCCUCGGCGGUGGCGUCGCUGCCGUAAGUACUCUUCUUCUUCAACCUCGGCCGCUUCUUUUCUUAUAGUUGUGAAUUUCGCGAUCGUUUUCUUUGAUUAUUCUCAUGAAUUCCCCUGCUGCCGUAACAUUCCGGGCUGUUGUAUGCGGUUCCGGAGCGACCUCUUCGGAAUUUCGCGGCCCCCUGGUGCCAAGCGUUUAUAGAUCUAGGAAUUUUUUUCGAGCGCUUUACUUACGAUCUAGUGUGGAAAUCUUGUGGUGGUUGUUGCUCUUGUUUCCCAGUUCCGUGAUUAGUUGUUGCUUGAACCGUUGAUUUGGUUUUCGUUGCGAUCGCGUCCCUGAACUGUGUUCAAUUUGCGCAUAACUUAGUGCAGAUGUUUGGGUACUGGUUUGUUUUAGCUAGUUCGGUUUAUCUCUGACCUUUCGUGUGGUAAAGUUAUGCUCUAAGCUCAGCUGGCGUAGAUAUUCAUUUCUGCUCUGGAUGGCGUCUGCGUGUGAGGGCGAGGCGAAAGGAUUGAACUGUUUGCGAGGUUUGGGGACAUUGUAGAGGAAUUAGACUGAUUUCACUUUAAAGUAGAGAACUAUGGAACUACAGUGCAUUCCACGAAUCAACCAAGGGAUAUGCAGCAAGAGAGUUCGCCAAUCAAGGGGUCAAGCCUGGUGAAUUGGCAAUUAUCUCAAAGGAGGCGGUAGCGCCUUAUGAACGUCCAGCUCUUAGCAAGGCCUAUCUCUUCCCUACUGGAACUGCAAGGCUUCCUGGAUUUCACACGUGCGUUGGUAGUGGAGGGGAGAGAUUGCUCCCUGAGUGGUACACUGAGAAGGGGAUAGAGUUGUUGCUUAACACAGAAAUAGUUAAAGCAGAUGUUCCCUCGAAGAUGCUCGUAAGUGCUGCUGGGGAAACCAUCAAGUACGAGAUACUGAUCAUUGCGACUGGUUCAACCGUGUUACGAUUGACUGACUUUGGUGUAGAAGGAGCUGAUGCAAAAAACAUUUUUUACUUGAGGGAGAUCGAUGAUGCUGAUAAGCUCGUCGAAGCAAUCAAAGCAAAGCCAAAUGGGAAAGCUGUCAUUGUUGGAGGAGGUUACAUUGGUCUGGAGCUUAGUGCAGCUUUGAAGAUCAACAACAUUGAGGUUACCAUGGUCUAUCCUGAACCUUGGUGCAUGCCUCGGCUUUUUACAGCUGGAAUAGCUGCAUUCUAUGAAGUCUACUAUUCUAACAAGGGCAUCAACAUCAUCAAGGGGACAGUCGCAACUGGAUUCACUUCCGAUUCAAAUGGAGAGGUGAAGGAAGUUAAAUUGAAGGAUGGCAGGGUGUUGGAGGCCGACAUUGUUGUUGUUGGCGUUGGAGGAAGACCAGUUACAGCCUUGUUCAAGGAGCAGGUCGACGAAGAGAAGGGCGGAAUUAAGACCGACGGAUUCUUCAAAACAAGCGUCUCUGAUGUGUAUGCUGUGGGGGAUGUUGCUACUUUUCCAAUGAAGAUCUACAACGAGAUCAGGCGAGUCGAACACGUCGAUCAUGCUCGUAAAUCAGCUGAGCAGGCUGUCAAGGUAAUGUUGGCUAUAAUGUCGACUGUGACCGUUGAAGAAUACGAUUAUCUCCCUUACUUCUACUCUCGUGCCUUCGACCUGUCGUGGCAAUUCUACGGUGACAACGUUGGCGAAACCGUGCUGUUCGGCAACGACGACCCCAAGGCAGAGAAGCCCAAGUUCGGCACAUACUGGAUCAAAGACGGGAAGAUCCUUGGAGCCUUCCUGGAAGGCGGUUCCCCAGACGAAAACAAGGCAAUUGCUAAAGUCGCCAGGGUUCAACCAUCAGUUGACAGCCUCGAGUUGCUCUCGAAGGAAGGCAUCGCCUUCGCCUGUAAGAUUUGAGGAGGCUCCAUUUUUCAGAGCAACAUGAAUUGUCCACAGAACUACUUGUAUUUCCAUUCCAAUAGCUUGUGAAUUGUUUCUGAGAUCACUCUUAUGGAUUGCGUUUCUCUCUUUUGUAUUUGUUGAGAUAGUACGGCGUUUCAUUUAUUGUAUGAUUAAAAUUCUGAUUUUACUUUAAUAAACAGAUGAAUUGAUCGCAUGGGCCUUUAUCUCGGUAACGCAGAAUGAACUAACUACAAAUUUUGAUUCACCGUUACAAACAAGUGGUGGAACUUAAUUGCCAACUACAAAUGAAUUACAAAUCCAUGGAGAAUCUGUGAGUGA